ACCAGCAGCACAGCUGUUUUUCGCAGCAGCUAGCUUAUUGUCAACCAGAUCAAACAGCUGUCAACACAACAACUUCUGCCGCACAGGUAAAUAGCAAAAAACAAUGUCGCUAAUACGUCAAGUGCUAUGCCGCGCUACACCCACCAUGCAGUUCACUGCACGCUGGGCGUCUUCGCAGGACAUCGCACCCAUUGAUCUGGAUAAGGCGCUAGCCCGUCCCGAGGAUGUGGAGCAACGCAACAAGUUGAGCGGCAAGAUUACCGUGCCUGUGGCCGUCAAUCUCAGUCCAAUUUCGGGAGUGCCCGAAGAACAUGUGAAGGAGCGUCGCGUUCGCAUUCAUAUUCCUCCAAAGAAUGCGAUGCAAAGCGGCACCGAUAACAUCAACACAUGGCAAAUCGAUUUCGAUAACCGUGAGCGCUGGGAGAAUCCCCUCAUGGGCUGGGCAUCCACCGGUGAUCCAUUGUCCAACAUGAAUGUGCAAUUUGGCUCCAAGGAGGAGGCCAUCACAUAUUGCGAACGCAAUGGCUGGCGUUAUUAUGUCGACGGCGAGCUGAAGGAGAAGAAGGAACGCGUCAAGAACUAUGGCGUCAACUUUGCCUGGAACAAACGCACUCGUGUCUCCACCAAGUAAAAUUUUGGAUAUUGAUGCGAUGGAGUAGCAAAAACCAAUUACACGUUAUAAAAUACUUUAA